UGUUUGGUUCAGGAAGAAGUGAUUCGGGGAGGAUCAUCGUUAGCUAUAGCUGUUUGUAGCUGAGCUGGAAUGAAGCCGAAAACUGCAGAAUAAUUCGCUUUUUUUCAGGCGCAGCGAUGAUCGUUUGACACCGAGAAUGGACAUCAGUUAACAAUGACGGGGGAGAAGAAGAAGAAGAAGCGGCUGAACCGCAGCAUUCUUCUGGCAAAAAAAAUAAUUAUAAAAGAUGGAGGAAGUCCUCAGGGAAUCGGCGAGCCCAGCGUCUACCAUGCUGUGGUGGUCAUCUUCCUGGAAUUUUUUGCCUGGGGUCUCCUCACCACCCCGAUGCUCGCGGUACUACGCUCGACAUUCCCCCAACACACCUUCCUGAUGAAUGGCCUUAUCCAUGGGGUGAAGGGCCUUCUUUCAUUUCUCAGCGCUCCUCUGAUCGGAGCGCUGUCCGAUGUUUGGGGACGCAAGUCCUUCCUGCUGCUAACAGUCUUCUUCACAUGUGCACCCAUUCCACUGAUGAAGAUCAGCCCAUGGUGGUACUUUGCCGUCAUCUCCAUGUCUGGAGUUUUCGCCGUUACCUUCUCGGUGAUCUUUGCGUAUGUGGCUGACAUCACGCAGGAGCACGAGAGGAGCACGGCGUACGGUUUGGUGUCGGCCACCUUUGCAGCCAGCCUGGUUACCAGUCCAGCCAUCGGCGCUUACCUGUCUGUGGCCUACGGCGACACCUUAGUCGUGAUUUUGGCCACCGCCAUCGCCCUGCUGGACAUCUGCUUCAUCCUGGUUGCCGUCCCCGAGUCGCUGCCAGAAAAAAUGAGGCCGGCGUCAUGGGGGGCGCCCAUAUCAUGGGAACAGGCGGACCCCUUUGCAUCUCUGCGGAAGGUGGGCCAGGACUCCACGGUGCUCCUCAUCUGCAUCACAGUGUUUCUCUCCUACCUCCCUGAGGCCGGCCAGUACUCCAGCUUCUUCCUCUACCUGAAACAGGUCAUCGGCUUCACCUCAGAAACAGUGGCGGCCUUCAUUGCAGUCGUGGGGAUCCUGUCCAUUCUGGCUCAGACGGUUGUGUUGGGAAUUCUGAUGCGGUCCAUCGGGAAUAAAAACACCAUCCUGCUGGGCCUCGGCUUCCAGAUCCUCCAGUUAGCCUGGUACGGCUUCGGCUCCCAGCCCUGGAUGAUGUGGGCAGCAGGCGCCGUGGCAGCCAUGUCCAGCAUCACCUUCCCCGCCAUCAGCGCCAUCGUUUCCCGAAGCGCCGACCCCGACCAGCAAGGUGUUGUCCAGGGGAUGAUCACAGGAAUCCGGGGGCUCUGUAACGGUUUGGGGCCGGCUCUUUACGGCUUUGUCUUCUACCUUUUCCACGUGGAGCUGAACGACACGGACGGCUCCGGGAAAGGCGCCAAAGUCAACAUGGCGAACCCCACAGACGAGAGCUCCAUCAUUCCGGGCCCCCCCUUCCUCUUCGGCGCCUGUUCGGUGCUGCUGUCCCUGCUGGUGGCGCUGUUCAUCCCCGAGCACACGGGGCCCGGCGUGAGGCCGGGGGCCUACAAGAAGCACAGCAACGGGGCACAGAGCCACUCCCACAGCCCCCAGGGGAGCGGGGCGGAGGGCAAGGAGCCGCUGCUGGAGGACAGCAGUGUAUAGCCCCAGCCGAGGGGGCAGCGACCCCAUUCCACCCCCCCCAAAGGCCCCCCUCCACACUUUGAACCACACGGACGCAUCUCGGGCACAGACGGGACUGAAACGCUUCAGAUCUGUGUCCACAGCACAAGAGGGGGGGUCCUCCUUUCCCCACGCCGGGCUUCUGGAGCGGCUCCUGUGGGGGGGGGUGCCGCUGUUACAGAGUAACCCCCCCCACAUUACAGAGGACCUGAUCACGGCUCCGUGUCGCUCUUGGUUCAGAAAGAGCCGGAGUUCCCCUGAUGAUGAUGAUGAUGAUGGUCUGCAGCUCCCAGAGGGGAGUGGUCCUGUGGGGGUCAGCGGAGCUCCUCUGCAGAUCAGGGGGGGGGCCCAAAUCCCCGACCGGAGACCAGGUUCUUUGCUGAACUGUUUUCAAUGUUUACUUGCCAAUCUGUAGGUUUCUAGUGGGUUUGCGUUGUAUCUGUUCAAACCGAAGCGCCGUUGUGUUUUUACUCCACAAACAGAUGUUGCCUUCAAGUGACUUCAAAUAAAAAUGAACCCGAAUGACGACCGCGGUCUGAUAGGCUCUGGAACCCCACGCUAUCGCUCCCAUCGGAGCUCUGACGCUUUUACGUCCUCCGAAGCCCCCACCCCCGUGCCGUUAACCACCGUGGGGGUUCGGCUGAGUCCCAUGACCUCUGAACCGCUUUACUCUGGAGCUUCCAUAUCAGAAGACCGCCGAGUCUAUCGUUGGGUUCAGGAGAACGCCGGCCGUCCUGCUGCGGGAAAACAUGCCACGUCACAAACUGGCAUUUAGUCGAGGGGGGGGGGGGGGGGGGGGGCAGCCAAACGAGCGCUUCUGUCUGCUAGCUCCUGCUCUAAUUGAAACCUUUCACAAUAAAUGGUGACUCUGCCCCCCUCUGGGGGGGGGGGGUUGUGUUCUUCGCACUCUUCUGUCGGCAGUUUCCCCACAAAGCAAAGAGCGACCCCCCCCACCACCACCACCACCAGUAAACCCUGACCGAGUCCAGAACCAGUGGGGCUCCUCUGUGGAGGUGAUGCUGCACUGGUGGGCGUGGCCUCCUUAUGCUAAACGAGAUGCUGAAGGAAGCAUCAACGCUUUCCAUGUUUGCCCCCCAGUCACAGUGAGGUAGUAACUUAAAGACCCCCCCACCACCACCACCACCACUAUAGUGGACUUGGGCUUUAAAAAGUAUGAGAACCGAGUUCUGGAUGGAAAGCAUUUUGUAACAGCAAACGUUUCGGGGGGGGUCCAGCAUCACCUGUAACCCUGGAGACCCACUCUGAAUGAUCAGACAUUUGUGCCAAAGCAGUUCUUGUGGGGUCUAACCCCCCCCCCCCAUGGUGGAGUCAUAUCAUUUCUUUGGAGGAUCAAACAGUUUCUUUUUUUUUUAUCUUUUGUUUCUGUGAAUCUUCAUUUGACAACAAGCAUUUCAAACCCCUCCCCCCCAAGGUGGAGCCGGACCUACGGAAACGCUCCCCCCCCUCAGAGCCCGCCUCCACAGCAUCGCUGGUGUCCAGCAGACCUGAGGGGACUGUUUGGCCCCGCCCCCCCGGGCUUCAGAGCAGUCACCUGUACCUGCAGCACCUGUAAAUAGGGCUCAGACGGCCGCCGCUGUUGUGAGCUUUUCAUUGGUCGGUUGCAGAUCGCUCUUUCAGUACAUGGUGGUUUGUGGCCUGACACCCCCCCCCCCCUCUCUCUGUGUGCCUAAAAUUAGCCAAGAAAUGAAAAUGGUCAUGGUGGUUAUUCUGUACAUACGGGAAACUAAUGAUAAACUAUUUAUUAAAGGUUUAUUGUACGCUUUA